AUGGCGAGCUCUGCCCCCGCCGCCGCCCUCUUGAAGCGUCAGCUCAAGGAGAUGCAGACCGGCAAGGACAUCCCUGGCAUCUCGUGCGGCCUAGUCAACGACAACAACAUCUUUGAGUGGGAAGUCAUGCUCAUGAUCAACGAUGAUUGCAAAUACUAUGGCGGAGGCAACUUUCGUGCCCGUCUCGUGUUCCCUGAAAACUACCCGCACAUGCCGCCCUCGCUCACCUUCCAAGACCCGAUCCCCUUCCACCCCAACAUCUACGACAACGGCAAGCUCUGCAUCUCCAUCCUGCAUCCACCCGAGGAGGACGAGUACGGCUACGAGGAUGCCUCAGAACGCUGGACCCCUGUUCAGACCCCCGAGACUAUCCUGCUCAGUACCAUCAGCCUGUUCCACAGCCCCAACGAUGAGAGCCCGGCUAACGUCGAGGCCGCUCGGAUGCUCCGCGAGGAGCGGGAAGGCAAGCACAAGGACUUUCGGAAACGGUGCAGGAGAUGUGUGCGGGAGAGUCUGGGAGAGGACUAG